AUGCCUUGGAUUCCAGUGCUGCCCACUGUGGGGAACAAGCCUCCUCCUGAGAUGACGGUGUGGGAUGGAGAAUGUCUGAGUAAAACAGUUCGUGUACACCCUGUAAAGCAGGCCGAAUUCGAUAGUGUAGAUGGGUGGACAAAGGUACACAUCGUGGAUACAGAUUAUGAGACUUACCAUACCGUCCUCUUCAGAACAGUGCGUUCAGGCGAGCUACAGCUCUUUGGCAGGGAAAAGACUGUGUCAGAUGAAGUGAAAGAAAAAUUUAAAACUUUGGCCAAAGAUAUGCAACUUGAUCCAGAGGCAAUCUUCUAUGUAUCCGAAAAUGAGAUCUGUGCAUAAGAAGAUCCGAAAAAGAAAGCCAAACAUAACAUGGGAAAGAUGUCUGCAUGAGGAUGGGGAUGGAGCAAUCGUCCUGGAAUCUGCCACCUGCAAUGCAAAUACCAACUACCAUUGUGAACCAUUCCAUUUGGAAAGAAAACUUGAAUCAUUUGGAUCAGAAAUAUAUUCAUAAAUGGUAUUCUAAUCA